UAAGCUUAUCUUUUUCCUGUUAUUUAAAACCAGAGAGAGCAGCAGAAGCAGAGACUACAGAGAGAGAGAGAGAUCUACAUUACAAUUGUUUCAUUUCUGCUCCAAUCAAACAAAGAAGAAACACUCAAAACAGAGCCUUUCUUCUUCGACGGGAUAUGUCAUCCACCUAUUAAACGCGCAUAUAUAUAUGUAUAUAAAGCACAUCCAUCCAGACGAGAAGAUGAGAGUGGCGGUGGUCGGCGGUGGGAUUAGUGGACUGGUUUCGGCCUACGUUUUGGCUCAAAACGACGUCGAAGUGGUUCUGUAUGAGAAAGAAGACUACUUGGGAGGCCAUGCCAAUACUGUCACUUUUGAUGGUUUUGAUUUGGACCUUGGUUUCAUGGUCUUCAAUCGUGUAACAUAUCCAAACAUGAUGGAGUUUUUUGAGAAGCUUGGAGUUGAGAUGGAGACCUCAGAUAUGUCAUUCUCAGUGAGCUUAGACAAAGGAAAAGGGUGUGAGUGGGGUAGCCGAAAUGGUUUCUCAAGUUUAUUUGCACAAAAAAUGAACCUCUUUAAUCCUUACUUCUACCAAAUGAUUAGAGAAAUUUUCAAGUUCAAGGAUGAUGUUAUCAGCUAUCUUGAUAUGCUUGAGCACAACCCGGACAUAGACCGAAAUGAAACAUUAGAAGAGUUCACCAAGUCUCAUGGCUACUCCGACUUGUUUCUAAAAGCUUAUCUUAUUCCAAUAUGUGGUUCAAUCUGGUCUUGCCCAUCAGAAGGUGUUUUGAGUUUCUCUGCUUUUUCUGUUCUUUCAUUUUGCCGCAAUCACCAUCUCCUUCAGCUAUUUGGCCGUCCUCAAUGGCUUACUGUCAAAGGACGUUCACAUUGUUAUGUGAAGAAAGUAAGAGAUGUGCUAGAGAGUAAAGGUUGUCACAUAAAAACAUGUUCUGAGGUACAAAUGAUUUCAACUAUUGAUGAGGGUUGCAUUGUUCACUCUGAAGAUGGUUCUAAAGAAGUGUAUAAUGGGUGCAUAUUGGCUGUUCAUGCUCCUGAUGCUAUGAGAUUACUUGGAGACCAAGCUACUCCUAAUGAACGCAGAGUACUUGGUGCUUUCCAAUAUGUUUAUAGUGAUAUUUUCCUUCAUCGUGACAAAACUUUAAUGCCCCAAAACCCAGCUGCAUGGAGUGCUUGGAACUUCCUAGGAAGUAGAGACAAGAAAGUAUGCUUGACAUACUGGCUCAAUGUGCUUCAGAAUCUUGGUGAAACGAGUCUCCCUUUUCUUGUGACUCUCAAUCCAGAUCAACCACCAAAUCAUACAUUGCUUAAAUUUUCAACUGGUCAUCCAGUCCCAUCUGUUGGUGCUUCGAAAGCUUCACUGGAGCUUCAUCAAAUUCAAGGAAAAAGAGGAAUUUGGUUUUGUGGGGCAUACCAGGGUUAUGGCUUUCAUGAGGAUGGAUUAAAGGCUGGAAUGGCUGCUGCAUACGGUUUGCUUGGAAAAAAUUGUGACAUUUAUAGUAAUCCAAAUCAUAUGGUACCUUCCAUGACAGAAAGAGGGGCACGCCUUUUUGUUACUAGAUUUAUUGGACAAUUCAUCUCCGCAGGAUGUUUAAUCAUGUUGGAGGAAGGGGGUACAAUGUUCACUUUUGAAGGAAGCACAAAAAGAUGCUCUAAGAAAACAUCUAUCAAAAUUCACAGUCCACAAUUUUACUGGAAGGUUAUGACACAAGCCGAUUUAGGCCUUGCAGAUGCUUAUAUCAAUGGAGAUUUUACUUUUGUUGACAAAGAUGAAGGUCUCCUAAAUCUUUUUUUGAUUCUUAUUGCCAGUAGAGAUUCAAAUUCUUCAGCCUCCAAACUAAACAACAAAGGCUUGAGGGGAUGGUGGACUCCAUUGUUGUUCACAGCUAGUAUAGCCUCAGCAAAGUAUUUCUUUCAGCAUGUUUCAAGGCAAAAUACUCUUACACAGGCUCGCAGAAACAUCUCUCGCCAUUAUGACCUGAGUAAUGAACUCUUUGCUCUCUUCUUGGAUGAGACAAUGACAUACUCCUCUGCUGUAUUUAAGUCAAUAGAUGAAGACUUGAAGGUUGCACAAUUGAGAAAAAUCUCUCUUCUAAUUGAAAAGGCUAAAAUUGAUAAAAAUCAUGAAGUGCUUGAAAUUGGGUGUGGUUGGGGAAGUUUGGCCAUUGAAGUAGUUAAAAGAACUGGAUGCAAGUACACAGGCAUCACUCUAUCAGAGGAGCAACUAAAAUUAGCACAAAAGAAAGUGAAUGAUGCUGGCCUUCAGGAAAACAUCAAAUUUCUACUUUGUGACUAUCGGCAAUUGCCUGAUGGUUACAAAUGUGACAGAAUCAUAUCUUGUGAGAUGUUAGAAAGUGUUGGCCAUGAGUUUAUGGAAGACUUUUUUGGUUGUUGUGAGUCUGUACUAGCAGAGAAUGGCCUUCUUGUUGUGCAGUUUAUAUCGAUACCGGAUGAACGAUACGAUGAGUACAGAAGAAGUUCAGAUUUUAUCAAGGAGUACAUUUUCCCAGGUGGAUGUCUACCUUCAUUAAGUAGAGUAACAACUGCCAUGGCUGCUGCAUCCAGACUCUGCGUGGAGCACAUUGAAAAUAUUGGAAUUCAUUACUACCAAACACUGAGGUAUUGGAGAAAAAAUUUCCUAGAGAAGCAAAGUAAAAUCAUGGCUCUUGGAUUUAAUGACAAGUUCAUUAGGACAUGGGAGUACUAUUUUGAUUAUUGUGCAGCAGGCUUCAAGUCUCGCACCCUUGGCAAUUACCAGAUUGUGUUUUCACGUCCGGGCAAUGUGGCUGCAUUUAGCAAUCCAUAUAGAGGGUUUCCUUCUGCGCAAGGAGAUGAAUAUAAUGAAUGAUAUACUUUCUAAUUUCUAUUGUAUACUUCUCUUUCUUUCUUUCUUUCUUUUUGGUUUGUUUUUUGGCCAAAGCUUCUUCAUUCUUUAUAUGAACCUCAUUUUUUUAUGUAUUGUUUUGUUUGAUGUUACACGUAAAUGUAGACUGACAUGAAGAUUUGUCUUAAAA